AUGCCAGACUAUCCAGUAGACUGGUUAGUCUUCGUAGAUGAAUCCGCAUGCAGCGAGAGGACUCUCCUUCGCAAAUAUGGAUACAGUCCUCGUAGUACACCAGCAAUUGAUGUUCAAUGGCUCCGGAGGAUAGAACGGUGGAGCCUCCUUCCUGCAUACGACAGCAAUGGCUAUCUAGAGGAUCCCCUCAUCGUGAAGGCAGCCGUAGAUGGAGAGAUAUUCAAAGAAUGGCUUCAGGAAUGCGUUUUACUGAAAAUGAAUCCAUUCCCUGGUCCGCGGUCUAUUCUGAUUAUGGAUAACCGCAGUACUCAUCGCAUUACGGUAGGUCUUCUAUCUUAG